UCAAGGAUGUUCAACGCAGGAGUGACCGAGGGACAAUCAACCACGAGGCCACCUUUGUUCGAUGGAACAAACUACUCGUAUUGGAAGGAGAGGAUGAGAAUCUUUAUCCAAUCCAACGACUACAAGCUGUGGUUGAUUGUGAAGAACGGCUGCGGAGUCCCGUUGAAGAAAGUCGGUGAAGUCAACGUUCCCAAAACCGAAGAGGAGUUCACCGACGAAGAUUGCAAAAAGAUGGAGCUCAACGCAAAGGAAAUAAACAUGAUUUAUUGCGGUGUCAACGCGGAUGACUACCGCAAAAUCUCGUGGUGUGAAACCGCAAAACAAAUGUGGGAAAAAUUGGAGGUCACCUAUGAAGGAACCGCGCAGGUUCGGGAGGCCAAAAUCGACCAUCUCACUCACGAGUAUGAACUCUUUUCAAUGAAGGAAAAUGAGAAGAUUGAAGAAAUGUUUGAGAGAUUCUCUAACAUCAUCAAUCCUCUCAAUCUUCUCGGGAAAACAUACACCGACCGAGAGCUCGUGAGAAAGGUGGUGCGAAGCCUAUCCCCCAAAUGGCGUUCAAAGGUGGACGCAAUCGAAGAAGGACGUGACUUCCAAACAACGACCUAUGAUGCUCUUCGAGAUGAUGACAGCGACAACACCGACCUCGGACUCUUUGUCCGAAAAUUCAAGAAGAUGAUGCUCAAGAAGGGAGCCAAGAAGAACACUCCACCCAAAUGCUAUGGGUGUGGUGAAAUUGGACACAUCAAACCAAUGUGUCCGAAGCUCAAGAACGAGAAGGACAAGAGGGCACCGAAGAAGCAACGUGCCUACAUCUCUUGGGAGAACAACGGCUCCGGGAGUGAAGACUCAGAAACGGAGGAAGUGGCCAACUUAUGUCUCAUGGCCAUUGAAGAUGGUGAUACAUCAAAAGAGGUAAGUGAUCAAGAACCUUCUCCCAAUGAUCCUUUAACUCUUAAUGAUGUUGUUUGCAUUAUAGAAGAUUUGGUAGGAAUGUUCAAAAAGGCUUCCAAAGAAAACAAUGAAUAAAGCGAAAAAUCCUGAUUUUUGAGAAUGAUAUCAAAGAACUCAAAAAUAUAUAUGAUAAACUUAAACAAGAAAUUAUCUCUUUUGGAAAAAGGCCACAAGAACCUUCAACUACUUCUUCUUCUACAUGCUCUAGUUGUACAUCACUAAAAGCUAAGGUUGCUAGUUUAGAGAGCAAAUUGGGAAAGUUUAAUAAUGCUUCAAACACCUU